AUGGAGGAUGCGCAUACUAUCGCCUUGAGUCUUGAUCAAGAUCAAGGCGAAUCCAAUACAUUCUUUGCUGUUUAUGAUGGCCAUGGCGGCUAUGGCGCUUCGCAGUUCUCCGGUGAACGCGUACACCAGCAUUUAGUCGCCACUGAUGCAUAUCGGAACAAGGAGUACAUCGCCGCACUAAAAUCCGCAUUUUUGGAAACUGACGAAGACAUGCGAACGUCCUCAAACUAUAGGCGAGAUGGCUCCGGUUGUACCGCCGUGGCUGCGUUAGUCACGACUGAGGGCAAGCUCUAUGUUGCCAACGCUGGAGACUCUAGGUCCGUGUUGAGCAACAAAGGCGAAGUGGUGCCUCUUAGCUUUGACCACAAGCCGCAGAACGAGAGCAAUCUCGCUCUUGCGAGGGCUCUGGGCGACUUUGACUACAAAAGGAACAAAGAGCUUCCACCUGAGGCUCAGAUUAUUACCGCUGAUCCAGAGAUUACCGAGCGUGAUAUCACUGAUGAUGACGAAUUCUUCGUCGUUGCGUGUGAUGGUAUCUGGGACUGUUUGUCAUCACAACAGGUUAUCGACGUUGUCCGGAGGCUUGUCGCUCGUGGAAAGGAAUUACAAGAGAUAUGUGAAGAGAUAUGUGAACUAUGUCUUGCACCUGACACGAACGGCGGCGCGGGAAUUGGCACUGACAAUAUGACUAUCCUCAUCGUUGCAAUGUUGCAUGGUCGCACCAUCGAGGAAUGGUACUCCUGGGUCAAGCAAAGAGUAGACAAAGGUUAUGGCUAUCAUACCCCCCAGGACUUGCCGCCGAUAUAUUCACAAGUGAGGUUAUCCGCUUUUCGACGUCGACGAGAAGUGUGGGAGAAGCGCCGACGAGAGCCUAAAGCUUUGGCUGGCGAACCGGACGACAGUUCCUGGCUCAAGGCCUACAUCCUCGAUGCCGAUGGGACCAUAACUCCCGAUUAUCGUUUUAUGCCUCGCCCCACUGCACUCAACCAAUCCCAGAUAGACAACAGUCAGCCCCCAAAUAACAACGAGAGUGACGGUAAAACUAUUCAGCAAGAGGAGGAUGCCGAGAGCACAUCUAGCGAUGAGACCAUACGUCCGGGAGAAGGUGAUAUUGAGGAUGAGGAUGAGACCGAGGCCGACAGGCAACGUGUACGUGACAUUCGCAGUCAGGAUGCUACGCAGAGUCUCCGGCAACAAGUGGAUGAGUUGGAGCGGGACGAGAUGGAUCAGGAUAUGGCGCAAAUCUCAUCGAAAGGCGCCUCAACCCUGCAGGGUGAAGCUCCACCACCGCCGAAGCCGUCGGGCAAUAAUGGGCCCGAAAUUAAACAAUUUGAAUCACUUCCUGGCGGCGAUGCACCUAGCGAUGCCGUCAAGGCGGAGGGGCUAAUAGACUCGAGUGAAGGCCCUUUCAAACUUUAG